AUGCCGUCCAGGCGUAGAGUCGAAGUUGCCCAGCAGGUGCUGGCACGGCUGACCUCGUUGCAGCAACCGGCGACCGGGGCGCUGAUCGGCGUGGUCAUGUCGGGCCGGUGCCGGGUGGCAGCGGCGGUGGCGGCCGAGCUGGACGCGGGCGACUUGGCUGAACUCGAGAGCGUGCUGGUCGGCGGUCUGGCGGUGGUCGGCGUGUACAUGGUGCACAAGAGUGCGCAGAUUGCCGAUGCGGCAAGCCGGCUGGCCAGAGUGGCGGCCGAAGGCGACCGCGACUCGGCGCUGGUCCUCACUCUCGCUCUGGACGGGUCCAGCCGGGGGCGGCCCAAGGCGACGGACGCGUCUGCGCCGCAGUCGCGGAUCGAAGUGGUGGCAAGGUCGGGCAAGGCAAGCGAAGAGUUUGUCGGUAUCUGGGCCGAACUCCCGGUGGUGGCGGAUCUCGGUGCGCGCGACAUCGCGCGCGAAGCCGCUCGUGCUGCUGCCGAGGCAGUGGGGCGGGUGGCAUGCCUGAGGAUUGGCGACGCUGUCGCCUUUGCGCCGUGGAUGGCCGGGCGGCGAGUGAGUGUGCGUGAGCUGAUGGACGGGUCGAGUGAAGGCACGGCAGGCGCGAUCGGCGCCAAGGCCAACGUCCUGUGUCAGCCUGGAGUCCGAUCGAGCGUUGUGAAUGGCGCAGCGAGCGGUCGUGGACUCACCGCAGCUCGGCUGGCGGUCGCCGGCUGGAUUGCCGCCGACGAACGCGACAGCUUUGCGGCGGUGACAGCGGCGUGGGCGGUCGAUGCCACCCGGGCGAUUGCGGCCAUAGCGCGGAGCUGGGCCGAAGACGGUGCCGGCACCGGGCUUGCGCCGUCGCGGAUAUUUAUUCGGACUCCAAGCAGCGGCCUCCUUCUCAGUAUUCCGCGCAUGGCUGCCGAGCCGGCCGAGCAAGCGCUUGCGGUGCUGAGCGAUGUGGUCGGUGACGAGGCGAGCUUAGUGGCUGAGGCACUGGGCUCUGUGGGGGCCGAGGUGGAGGCGCUUGCGGCGUCGCUCUUUCACAAAGCGCACGAGGGCUUUGCGGCUGACGAGGCGCCCGAGGACCGGCAGCUGGCGGCGGCUGCACUGUACCUUGCAGUCCAUGCACAGGACAUUGAGGCGGCGUGCGGGACCGAGGGUGGGCUCUCUGCGGGCCUGCCACAGAGCAGGAGCAAGGCCGGCGGGGUGAGCCGGAGCGGGAACAAGGCCGGCGGCAGAAUUGGCGCCACGGGCGGGAGCUCGCCAAGCCUCUCGCUGACCAAGCUGCUGCGCGAGGCCGAGACGUCGCUGCUGGACUUUUUCGGUGCGGCCAAGUCUGUGAUCCAUGUGCUCUCGCUCGACGGGGCUUUUGAUGCGCAUCUCAAGAUGGUGGAGCGCGGGUUUGUGGUGGCGACGAUCUUGUUCCAAAAGUACGAUAAGGUAUGGGCGUGGGCUGUGCGGAGCGAGGGCGGCGGCGAGCCGCUGAUGUACUCGCUCGGUUGGCAUUUGUUUGUGCUUGCGCGCGACGCGCUGCUCGGCUCACCUCCGGACCUGGUCAACUCGUACUACCUGCUGCUCUCGGUGGUGGCCGUGGCGACGUCGCUCCUGCCGGGCGCCUCGCUGUCGGACGCGUUUGCGGCAGCGCGAAGCGGCGAGAGCGUCGAGGCGCACCUCCGCGUUCUUGCUGGCGAGAACAGGAUUGAGCCGGACCACCUGGUUGAGGUUUACACGUCGGCAAUGGCGGAGAAACUGGACGAGCUGCUGGGACGGUGGAUGUCGAGCGCGGCGCGCGGCAAGACAAAAAUCAGUGCCGGCAGCGUAGCCAAGCACUUGCACACGCUGCUGGGCAAGGCCUCGGCCGAGUACUCGACGCACCACGAGGCUUUGGGCGGGCUCGACGAGCGGACGUUCCUCUCCGAGUCGGGGCCGGGCGGCGGGCCGCUCAGCGGGGUUUCUAAGCUCUCGACGUCCUCGCGCAAGUUUUACGCAGUUACGCCGCCGCGGACGCCGAGCACGGCGCGGGCGGGGCGGGUGCUGGCUGCAGCGACAGCGUCGCCGUCGCUGGUCAACUCUGCGCUGCGGUAUCCCGAGUCACCGUCGCGCGGGGGACGGAGCGGUGGGAGCGGUGUGCCUGCGACGCCGAUGUCGUCUGCGCACUCGCUGGUGCGGUGGCUGCGGUCGAUGUUUGACGUGCCGCGGAACGGGAGCGUGCCUGUCCCGGACGUAGUGGCUCGGUUUGUAGAGGCAGCGUCGGCUGAGAACGUGACGGUGGACGGCGUGUCAGGCCGGGCGGCUGGCCUGGUGGCCAAGGUUGAUCUUGGCGGCGAGCUCGGAGCGAGCAAUGAGCGCGCUGCGCUCGGGCUUGCGCUCUACUACGAGGUGCUUCACGUUUUGCUCGAGUCCGAGGAGGCACGGCUGGGAAUGACCGACUUUUCGGCGCUCCUCGCGUCGGACGCGUUCCACACUGCGCUUGUCGGGGUCUCGCUCGAGGUGGUUAUUUUCUCGUACAAGGUCUCUCAAGCCGAGUUCCCUGCGGUGCUGGGCGCGCUGCCUGUGGACGCGUUCCACUUUGUCAAGAUCCUGGACUCGUUCAUCACGGCGGCGACGGCGCGGCUGCGGCUGCCAGAGCCGCUGCGGCAGCACCUCCGCGAGGUGGAGGAGUCUGUGCUUGACUCACACGCGUGGCAGUCUGUGGUGCUGGAGCGAUUGCUGAGCGCCGAGUCACCAUACGUGCCCGCCGUCGACGAGUUUGUGCAGACGACCAAGGAUGCGCUGCUUUCGUCGCUGGCGCGCAAGCCUGUGCUGCGGCCGGCAGACCUUUAUGCCGAGUCGCCGCGCAAGCCGCGAACGGGCGGGCUAGGCAGCGGGCGGCGGCCGACGCGGACGUCGCUUUUCCAGGAGCCCCGAAGCGGUGACGAUGACGAAGAAGCGGCUCACGAUGAAGGCGGAGCGAGCUCCGAGGGCAAGGCGAGCGGGAGCUCCCGGUCCGGCACCGCGGUCUCGCUGGAGGUCUUUAUGCGGAAGGUCCUCGGGCUGCUGUUCAAGCGGCUGACCGAUCUGUGCGCGAGACUGGGCGUGCCGCGACUGGUGAUGGUGCAGUCGUGGGAGGCCGUGGCACACGUGCUUGUGGCGGCGCGCGCACUGCUGUGGCGGCGGCACCUGGACGUGCUUGUCAUCUGCACACUCUACGGCGUGGCGCGGGCAAACUCGAUCACCGACUACACAUUCAAGAAGAUCAUCGAGCAGUACCGGGCGCAACCGCAAGCGUCGUCCAAGGUCUACAAGUCUGUGCUGCUCGAGGCGAGCAGCGGAGCAAGCGGCGACAUCAUUGCCUUCUACAACCAGGUCUACAUCCCGGCCAUGAAGCCGUACCUGCUCAAGCUGCAGACGGCGGCAGAGAGUCGGGCGACUGAGGGCGACUUGCUGGACGACAAGCUCGACGCAGUCCGUGUGGGGCAGCAGAACCUGUUCCUCUCGCCGCUGAGGUCGCGCUCGCCGGCGCGGCGGUCCGGCCCCGCAGCAGGCGCGCGGUACGACUUUGGCCUCUCGCCGGCCAAGCGGCUGCACGAGAUCAACCGCGCGCUCCGCAACAAGCGGGCCCGGUCCGGCGACACCGGCUCGGCGCCAGGCUCGGCAGGCGGCUCGACGGCAAGCGCCGGAUCGGGAUCGGAAGAGGAGGCUGGGGUGGAGGAGCGUGGCGGAGACGUGGGUCCCGUGCGGAAGCGGCGCAAGAAGUUGUAA